UUGAUGUAUACACUGUACAACACCAUUGACGAAACUAUUAUUGUUUUCUUCUUGAUCGAUGGAAAACUUUAUUUUACAAACAAGGAAGUUGUCGUUGAUAAGUUCACACAACACAAUUAACUAUUCGUUAAUUCCUAUCCUUUAUCUUGCACGUACAGAGUGACCUUUGUUGAGUUUGUAAAAAACUGUGAUGUCAGCAAUUGUAAAAGUUGAAGUUAAACAAGAGGAAGAAUUAAAUGAACUCAUUGAGGAGAAGAUUUGUCUCAAUAGUGAUGUCCCUGAAACAAUAAAACUGGAAAUUGAGGAAACGAAUUCUUCUAAUGUAAAAUGUAAUUGGAAAGAAGAAAGAAAAUUACAGGAGGCAAAUGAAUCUGUUGGUUUGCACAAACGUUCUGAAGAUCAACUGCAAAUUUCAAGAGGUUUAAGUUGUGUCCAAUGUGAUUACACAACGAGUAACAAAUCCAGCUUAAAAAGACAUCUAAUAACACACAAAGCAACCAAAGAUUUAAAAUGUGCAAAAUGUGAUUAUGCAACCAACUAUAAAGGUAAUUUUAGAACUCAUCUGUUACGACACGAGUCUCCCAACCAGUUUAAAUGUGUCCAGUGUGAUUUUGCAUCCACUUACAAAUCCAGCUUAAAAAAACAUAUGCUAUCUCACAAUCAAAUAAAAUAUUUAAAAUGUGCACAAUGCGAUUACGCUACCAAUUCUAGACCCACCUUCAAAAAACAUCUGUUAACACACAGCAUUGUGAAGGACUUAAAAUGCAAUCAGUGUGAUUACUUAACUAAUAAUAAAGACUACUUAAGAAGGCAUUUGUUAACACAUAAAGCUGCCAAGGAUUUCAAAUGUGGUCAGUGUGAUUACGCAACCAAUAAUAAAUCCCACUUCAGAGGUCAUCUCCUGGUGCACAAGGCUUUCAAGUCUUUAAAGUGUGCUCAGUGUGAUUACGCAACCAAUAAAAAAUCUCGCCUUGGAGAUCAUCUCCUGACUCACAAGGUUUUUAAGGACUUAAACUGUGCACAGUGUGAUUAUGCAACCAACAGUAAACGCAAUUUGAGAGCUCAUCUGUUAACACACCAGUCUUCCAGCUGUUUUAAAUGUGACCAGUGUGAUUUUGUAUCCACUUACAAAUCCAGUUUAAAAAAACAUAUGUUGUUACAUAAACCUAUCAAAGAUUUAAAAUGUGCACAAUGUGAAUUCGCAACUAACUCUACGUCUACCUUUAGCCAACAUCUAUUGACACACUGCACUGCGAGGGAUUUAAAAUGCAAACUGUGUGAUUACUCAACUAAUAAUAAAUACUACUUCAGACGGCAUUUGGUAACGCAUAAAGCUGCUAAGGAUUUUAAAUGUGCUCACUGUGAUUACGGAACCAACGACAAAUCCCACUUUAGAAACCACCUCCUGACACACAAGAUUCUUAAGGAGCUUAAAUGUGCUCAAUGCGAUUACGCAACCAAUCAUAAAUACCGCCUUAAAGAUCAUCUCGUGAAACACAAGGUUUGCAAGGAUUUUAAAUGUACUCAGUGCGAUUUCGCAACCAACAAUAAACCGCGCCUUAGAGAUCAUCUAUUGACACACAACAUUUUCAAAGAUUUCAAGUGUACACAGUGCGAUUAUGCAACGAACUUCAAACGCAAUUUGAGAAGUCAUCUGUUAAGACACGAGUCUCCCAAGCAAUUUGAAUGUGUCAAGUGUGAUUUUGCGUCUAUUUAUAAAUCCAGUUUAAAAAAACAUUUGUUACUACACAAGCAUGUAAAGAGUUUAAAAUGUGCACAGUGCGAUUACACUACUAAUCUUAGGUCCACCUUAAAAAAACAUCUUUUAACACACAGCACUGUGAUUAGUAUGAUUAUUUAACUAAUUACUUAAGAUAGCUUUUGUUACGAAUUUCAAAUGUGCUUGGUGUACCACCUGUAAAUAUGAUUUUAAGACAUUCUGUUAAGAUUUUCAAACACUUAAAAUGUGUCUAAUUCCAUUUUUCAAUUUGAGGAAACAUCUCCGGACACAAAAUAUUGUGAAUAUAUGUCAAUUUGUCAUUUUUGUUUCUUGUCACAGUUGUGUAUUAAUGUUGUAUCUAUAAGAAGUAACGAUUAAACAGAAACCGCCUUUGUGCCACUUGCCAGUGUAUGGAAUAGUGGGUGUGAGUUGGGCCCGUGGAUUGUGUCA